AUGUUUCGCGCCCGCAAGUUCGUGGAGGUGCCGUCCAAGCGCGCGGGGCUGCUGUCCGCCGACGCGCUGAGCGCCAGCAAGCGCCAGCGCCUGGAGCACUGGGACGCGCUGUACGCGCCGCGCUCGGGCGCCGGCGACGCGGAGGAGAGCGCGUCGCUGCUCGUGGACUCGCGCAGCUGCACCAUCGUGGAGGGCGCGAGUCUGCCGCCCCAGGUGCUGGAGGAGCUGCGCAAGGAGUGGCCGCAGCUGCCGCGCCACCAGCGCGUCCAGGUGCGCUGCUGCAGGGCGUCCGUGCCCUCCGCGCGCCACCGCAGCGGCCGCCAGUGGGUCCCGUACUUCGUGCUGCCUCUGCGCACCAAGAUGCUGCUGUGGCAGCAGGAGCGCGGCAAGGUCAUCGCGCUGCAGCUGCCCGACGAGCUCGAGCCGGACGAGGUGCUGCACCCGUUCCUCUUCGCGCUCUACAGCCAGAGCCUGAGCCUCAUGGUCGUGGGCAAGAGCGGCAUCGUGCUCUUCUGGGAGGACAUCGAGCUGCCCUACGAGAGCGUUCCGCUCAGCGUGCAGAUCCCGUUGGGGGUCAAUGAGCACGUGACCACGCGCCCAAAUGCCGCUAUGGUGGCCACCCAGGAGGACGAGGAGAUCCACGACGACGCUACGGGGUUGGUGUGCUGGAGCAAUCAGGGCAACGUGUGGGAGGUGGCGCUGGACGACCGACGCAUCCGUGUGCGCGCCUUUGAGAAGCAGAGCGCGGGCUUCCUGUCGGGCAUCACCAAGUCUGUGUCGCAGUUUUUCUUCUCGUCCACGGCGUCGAGAUCGGGAGCUGAUGGAGGAGAGCUGGACCUGAACCAGCCUAUCAAGUACCUGCGCGUGCUGCCAUCGGCCUUGAGGGACGCGGCGUCCAUGAGCAGCAGCGGAGAGAUGGACGAGACGGCCGACAUGCUGGUGCUGUUCCAGGACGGCAUGCUCGAGCGACGUACGUUCAGCACGGGGGACGUGAUGGACUGCUCGUGUGUUUCUCAGUGGCACUUUGACGCCAGCCGCGUGGCCAUCAGCUACUUCAGUGACAACUUCCCGGAGGCUCAUCUGGCCAAGGUGUACGUUGUGUCGAUGCCCUACGUGCAGGAGACGUGCUUCGCGUUGCUGGUGGCGUUCGUGUGCUCCUCGUCGCGAGCUGGGACGAAUGCCAAGGUGAAGUAUGCGCUGUUCCAGUUCUCUCUUGGACCAGUGGAUGACGACACGCCGCCUGAGCUCGAGUGGGCGUGCGUGCUGGACUAUGAGCCGGCCUUCGAUGAGCAGAAUGCCAAGCAGUUCUUUGCGGUGGAGAGUUUCCCCAUUACGCGUGGCGCGCUUUAUCUGGUGUGGACGCAGAUGCUGCCGGUCCAGUUUUCUACCAUUCUGCUGCCUCAAGCCGGGCAGACAAGUGUGCGCUCGGCGGCAUUCCCGCUUCAAGGUGCUCAAGGACGACUGGCGUUGGCGUUUGGAGCUCGCGUGGACCAGAGUUCGUUCGACAACAAUGCUGUAAAGGGCUCCGUGUCGUUUUUGCUGAUGGAUGAAGACCCGAAGGCACCGAGCGGAUCGGUUUGUAUGGCGACGGCCUCGGACAUGCAGAAGCUGGAGCGUUUGGCGGCCCCAGCUCCGUCUGAGGCAUCUGUGGAGAGGACGCGCAGGCGACGUGAGGAAGCAAGCUAUUUGACCAGCGAAUCUUCACAUUUUCUCGGUGAGAGCCUUAGUGUGGAGGAUUACGUUCGUCUGAUCUUGACGCACUUUCACGACGACCCGGAUUCCGCGUCAGCUCUUCGUGUGAGCUCGAGAGAUGUCGGUGCUGUUGCGCAAGCUGCUGUCUCGGUGGACCUCCAGAUCCUGGAUGCAAAGUCGUCGUCCGGAUUGCGCUGGGAGAAGGGAGCCAGCGAUGAUGCUCCCCCUGCUCAGUCCGACGCACAGGAGAGCGACGCUGAUAUUUCUUCAGUCACGCCGAAGUUGGUGCGCUACCAGCUGGAAGAUAAGAGAAAUCGUCAUGCGGCAUUUAUGGAGUUCUUGCAGCGUCGCUGCUCGUCGGUUUGGGAAUUCAUUGAAGAUUCUGGUGAGCUGAAGCGCUGCCUGACCGAAAACGAGGAGAAGCUGCACGCUGCGAUUGCUCUUAGCAAGUUCCAAGCUUCAAUUCUGUCUUCGGGGGCUGCCGACGAUGAGACUUCGUCAGAGGUGCAAAAAAUUCAGCAGCGACUAACCGGGAAGUUCCUUCUUCACGCGAUUGAGAAAACUGUCGAGAAGCGCGGAUACCAGAAAGAACAGCUCCGUCUCGCAGGCUACAACUCCUUUGAUGUGUUCUACUGUGAAGUGAGCAAGAUCACUGAGCUCUUCCAGCACUUGGGUGACGAAGUGCAGUACCUUGCGACCUCCAUUGGUGAAAGUGACGCGACGUAUCUGUACGCGUUGCUUGAGAGUGGGUAUGCCAUGUUAAGUAUGCUCCGCACUCCUGUGCAGAGCUCUACUGCUAGCUUUGCGGCAACCGGAAGCUGGGCUUUCACGCGCGAUGUCCGAGAAGUUCUGGCUAACCAAAUUUCUCGACUGUCAGUUCUUGCUGGAUACUCGCAGUCGAGCUCGGCGGACAAGCAGAUUCGCUGGCAGUACGAUGAGAUUUUCGAGCUGACUGAUCAGAUUCGGAGACUAGGAACAGUGCUGCUGGACGACUACGCUCGAUUUAUUCCUCUGGCUUCAAGUGAUGAAGCAGACGAGCUCCGGAAGGAAGAAACUUUUACCAAGCGGGUGACGCUGAACCCGUUGGUAUACAUCGCGACACAGACCCCAUCUCAAGAAAGUGAUAUGGCUGUCGACUUUGACCAGGAUGGUUUUGUGACGCGGAAGCGAGCAGAUCUAUUCAGCAAAAGUGUCGAGCUCUGCGAGAAAUAUUCUUACUACGAAGGCAUGGUCUAUCUGGUCUUUUUUGAAGACUCGGAGAAUUUGUCCAAGCUGGAUUGCGUUCUUGGCAAGCUGCCCAAGAGCCCCGCGUCGAAGAGGCUGGAGUCAUACUGCAAGAAGUACGAGGGUUUCGACGACUUUAUUUUCCGCUGGUACAACGGCGAGGUUCGGAACCCGUGGGCCCAAGGCAGCCGAGAAGCUAGUGCGGCUUCGCCGACUAUGAUGGCUUACCUUCUGGCUCAUUCGCAAAUUUUCGCGCCUUCGCUGCACAAGUUUAUGAAGAGCCGAGAGCACCUGAGGAAGUACCGAUGGCUGACUGCGGUCUCCAUUGAGCGGUAUGACCAGGUAGCAACACUUGCGCUGCGUGAAACAAAGGGCGAGCAGCGCUCGUUGCCCAAGCGCAAGACCAUGGCAAGCAUUGCCAAGAUUGCUGCGUUUGCUUCACCCAGUCUGUCCCACCCUGAGAGGGUCCAGGAAAUCAAUCGGGAGCUUAUCCGUGGAAAACUCCAGGAGCUCUUGCUGCAAUUGCCGCUGAAGGAGCCCAUCAGCGCCCAACCGCUUGCACCUGAAGAAUUAGCUCGCGUGUGCGUGACAUCGGCUCUUUCCGCCGAUAAGGACGACCCUAUGAGAACCAACAUUUUCUUGAUGGCCCUCGAGGCGUUGGAGACCCUGGCUACGGACCCCCUUACUGAGGAGUACGAAGAGAUGCGUGCGAGUGUGUGGAGAGCCUGCAUCGUUGAUGAUGGCGAGUUGUGGGACAAUCUGGCUGCCGAGUCGGCUGCGGGCGUGAACGAGGAGAAGCUCGAGUCGCUCAUGCGCCAGACCCUUCUUUACAAGGCGAUGAAGGAGUAUGCGUCGCGACCCGAGCAUCUGAUGCACGGCGCCGAGACAACUUCGGUACUGACGAUAGAGGUUAUUCGGGAGCUGGUUCAUCGCGAGGGUGAUGUCGACUCGGUCGUAAGCGUUCAGAGCCAGCAGUUGCUGAUCAAGACGCUGCAUUUGGCGCUGCAGUAG